AUGGAUGACUCACCGUGGGGUGACGUUCCAUCUCAGUCGCCGUCAGAAAAUGCGAAUGCGCAGGAUUUGGCCAGCUCGGCCAAACCAAAUGACACCCCCCCUUCCACGAAACAGACCUCUUCCGGACCGCGUCCUCCUUCGUCUCGAAAAAUCCCAGCCCGCAAGAUCGAAGUACAACCGACCAAGCUCGAAGCUGUGGAUGAUUCCUUAGAUCCUCUCGGGCCCUUGGGAGCAGAUCCAGCUCCAGCGGCAUCUUCCAUUUCUGUAGAUCAGGCGCCGACGCCGCCGAGGAAAGAGCUCACAGCAAGAGUGAACCGACAGCCUUCUGCGACCUCGCCUGGUCUGGGCGGUCCGGAGUAUGAAGAUACCACUCUUCCUGUCGGAAGACCCAAGGGUCCCCCGCCGGUGCAGCCACAGACCAGCGCUCCUGCGAUCCGACAAACCCCAUCCAGUGUGAGCGUGGAACAGGCCGCCAAACCGAGCUUCGAGAUCCUGGUGGGCGAUCCUCACAAGGUCGGGGAUUUGACCAGCAGUCACAUUGUCUACUCAGUUCACACAAAGACAACCUCAAAAGCAUACAAACAGCCCGAGUUUACCGUAACACGUCGGUAUCGGGAUUUUCUUUGGCUCUAUAACGUAUUGCACAACAACAACCCUGGCGUGGUCAUCCCUCCACCUCCCGAAAAGCAAGCCGUGGGUAGAUUUGAUAGCGAGUUUGUCGAGUCAAGACGUCAGGCGUUGGAGCGGAUGCUCAACAAGAUUGCCGCUCAUCCCAUCCUCCAUCACGACGCCGAUCUCAAGAUCUUCCUCGAAAGUGAUGCUUUCAACAUUGACGUCAAGAACAAGGAGAACCGAGAACCGGAUCUGGGUCAGAAUAAGGGUAUGCUGAGUGCUAUCGGAAUCAACGUCGGUUCGUCCAGCGGCAAAUUCGUGGAGCACGACGAUUGGUUCCAUGACCGCAGAGUCUACCUUGACGCCCUAGAAAACCAGCUGAAGGCGCUUAUGAAGGCGGUCGACACGGUUGUCGACCAACGGAAGGGUCUUGCCGCCGCCGCAGGAGAGUUCGCCGCGUCGGUCAACAGCCUCGCUCAGGUCGACCUCUCCCCCGCCUUCUCCGGUCCGUUGCUAGGGCUGUCGGACGUGCAGACGAGGAUCCGAGAGCUCUACGAAAGACAAGCACAGCAAGAUGUUUUAACCUUGGGAAUUACCGUGGAUGAGUAUAUUAGACUUAUUGGCAGUGUCAAGCAAGCUUUCGCUCAGCGGCAAAAGGCGUUCCAUUCGUGGCAUUCCGCAGAAAGUGAACUGGCCAAACGGCGAAGUGCUCACGAGAAACUUCUACGGCAGGGCAAAAGCCAGCAAGACAAGCUGAACGAAGUCGGUGCCAGCGUUAGCGACGCGGAGAAGAAAGCGCAUCAAGCUCGGUUGUUGUUUGAAGAUAUGGGUCGUUUAAUGAGGGGAGAGCUGGAAAGAUUUGAGCGGGAGAAGGUGGAAGAUUUCAAGAGUGGCGUGGAGACCUUUUUGGAGGGUGCUGUUGAGGCUCAGAAAGAGCUGAUCGAACUGUGGGAAACUUUCUUGCUCCAAAUGGAUGCCGAAGACGAGGCUCCUCUCAAGGGUCAGCCGGCUUCAGGCGAGCCGGCAAUAUCGGAAAAUCCUGGCCCAACAGGGCAGACUGGUGAAGGCGAGACUGGCGAGAGUGGCGAGUCUCGUGAAGCCGCCGCUCCAGCCACAGCAACAGACGUCGCUCUCGAGCAGGAUGCCUAG